CACCCUCGCGGGAGCCAGCGGCGUGGGAGGCUGUGGGGGCGUCGGCCACAACAGGGGCGCCCCACACUGUUGUGAGCAGUUCCAGGUUCCCACUUUCCCCCUGAAUAUUCUUUACUUCACACCUCAUCGGUUUUCUGGGUCAUAACAAGGUUUUGACCCAGCCACGCCCCGCCUGCCUGCGGUGCUCCCGCUGAGAAGGCAUGGAUCAAAGCGACAAAGGAUGUAUGAAAAAGAUUAGUAGUGUGAAUCUUGACAAACUUAUAAGUGACUUUUCUCAGCUAGAAGAGAAAAUCAUGGAAACCAGUGGAAAGUACAAAAUACUGGAUAUUGAGUUGGAAAAGGCUAACUGCUUAUUAAAAGUAAUGCAAACAAAGGGGGUCUCAAUUAAAGAAGAAUGUGCUACUCUUCAUAAUAUGAUAAAAGGACUACAACAGACCAUUGAAUAUCAACAUAAUUUGAAAGGUGAAAAUGAACAACUAAAAAGAAAUGCUGACAUUACAAAAGAAAAGUUAAAAUCUCAUGAACUGGAUUAUAAGAAUAAUAUUGCUAAACUUAUGAGUGAAAUGAGAAUCAAAGAGGAAGGACAUAAAAUAGAAAUCAGGAAACUUUAUCAGGAUAUGCAGAAAAAAGUUGAAUUAAAUGAAGAAAAGCAUAAAGAACUGAUAGAGAAAAAGGAGGUAGAAAUUUCAGAGUUAAAAGCAAAGUUAAGAACUCAAGAAAGGGAAAAACAAAACGAACUAAUCAAACUACAGCUAGAGUUUGAUGCCAAAUUAGCAAGAGUUCAAACUAAAUCAAAGUUAUAUCCAGAGUCUACUGUUUUGCCACAGAGUAUCUACAGAAGGAAACUUCAACAUCUUCAAGAAGAAAAAAAUAAGGAGAUUGCUAUUCUUCGUGCUACCAUUCAUGAUCUAGAGCAGCGCCUCUCUGUGGGCAAAGAUUCUUUGCCUACUGACAAAAACUCUGCCAAACGUAGACGGUUUUGAGUAUAGCAGUAAAUUCAUUCAUUACUAUUUAAUUUCUUUAAAAGCAGUUGAAAAUUUUACUUCUGUUGUCAAUAUAACUACUACUUAAUUAAUAAUGACUUAAAAAGCUGUCUUUACAGCCAUGUUUACCAUGAGGUUUGUGUAUAUUUGCUAUGUGUGAGUUAUUGAUACUUUUGAACAGAAAUCUUUAAACAAGAGUGGCAGGUAGGGCCUCCCUGGUGGCACAAGGGGUUGAAACGCAACCUAUGAAGCUAACCACAGCCACUGCAGCAUGAAUUUGAUCCCCGGCCAGGGAGCUACCCACAUGGUGCAGCAGACCUCUCCUGACUCGCCCGCUGCUCCCCUCAGCAGUAUGUUUCAGUCAGUCUGCCUGCCUAUUCUGUUCCCCACUUUGUCUCUGAUGAAUCCUCUCACCCCCCACACCUCUGGCCUAUACCCCAGCUCUUGUAUGCAUAAAAAUAAAUAAAUCUUAAAAAAAAAAAAAAAAAGAGUGGCAGGUAACUGAAGAGUGGAAAGGGGCUUGAAGCUGGGAGAUCUUAAUGUGGGCUGGAUUAGGCCCUAACUAGUUGCCUGACACCACCCUCACUCCCUUCCCCACCUCUUCUUCCCACCCCUCCCCUCACAAGUCUCUGAGCCUGCCCCCUCUCCCACUUCCAUGGCUAAUAGGAAGAGUGAGUCUUCUCUGUAAUGCCAAAAGCAUUUAUCUUAUAUAAUAAGAACUACUUUAAUUAAAAAAAAACCCUCAACGGUUUCAAAACAAACAAAAAAGCUUUAAAUGUUUAUAUUGAGUUUAUUGAAACAAAUCCACACUUCAGCCAACUGUAUACUGCAUUCUAUUGAAUAGCUUAACAGUAUUAACCAUAAAGAAGUUCAGGUUCAUAGGAUUUAGUUUACCUAUUGAACCAUCAUUGACUAUGGAAAUACUUUCUAAGCAAUCAACAGCAAAAUUCAAAUUUUCCUUGAUCUUUCCCCUUACAGCUUUCUAGUUUUACAGUGUGGUUCAAUGCUAGAUAAAGAAACAAGAUAUAAAGAUUUCAUUCAUAUGUGAUAGUAAAAAAAUCAAGAUACGAGUCUUAGAUAUAAAAAAGCAUAAAUGGAUAUUUUAAAAUGUAGUGAGAAAAAUAUUCAUGCUUAAGUAUUUCUGAAUGCUAAAAGAGAGAGUUCACUUCUUUAAAGGUUUAAUGAAUUUUAAAAGUAAGAUUAAAAGACAAAGAUAAUAUUGUUUUGAGAAAUAAGAUAAAAUGGAAAAUAUGUCUUUGUUGUUCUUCCUCCAUUCUAAAUUGCUAAUUAUCCAACAGGAACCCCUAGGUCAUAGUUUAUGUUUCUGUUCUCAUUAAUGCAAGUAGAAUACUGGAAAAAGAAAAAGAAAGACAUAUUAACCAAAUGCUACAAUCACCUUUCAGUUGCUCUGUAAUAAAAAUAUGGUUUUGGGUCAAUAUUUCUUUGACAUAAAUUUUAAAAUCUGGAAGCCAAUACAAGAGAUUUCUCCAUGUUUGCACAAAUCCAAUUCCUGUAUUUGGAUCACUAAUUAGGUAACUUUGUAAACAAUGCUGGAAAUGAAAUUGUGUCUAGGAUGACUUGGGGAGUAUAACCUAAUUUAAAUAUUUAGAUUGAAGGUCAUUCUCACAUUUCUGCCUGAUCUUUUCAGCUUCAGUUAGUGCUAGCUUCUGUGGGCAUGGGCUGCUGCUGACUUGUUUGUCAGGCAGCUGGAGGCAAACGUCAUUGUCAAGAUUCAAUGACAUUUUCCUCUCCCCAAAGUCCCUGUCAGCUACAUAAAGAAGGGAGAUGUUCCUUACACUGUCAGGUGACUGCAGACCCUGUUUUUUCAAAUAUCAGAUGUCGUCAGUGUCAGCAUCAGCUACCAGGAGCCAAUUCUGAAACUUUGGGCAUCUUUCAGAGUAACUGAUUUAUACAUCCCUUUCGUCAGAGCUUCUUUUGUAGAGGAGAAAGUUGUAAACUUUCACUUCCUGGCAUAUCUCAGUUCUCUGUGUUACCCUCUUUUUGUUGGCCCUUGUGCUUGUGUUGGUGCUGAUGUUCCAGAGCAUGGUGAUGCUCAGGAGAAGCUGGCACAUCUGGUUGCCGAUCGUCUGAAUGCUGACUUUUCCCUAGUUGCUGGUGACCGUGCCCAAGGUGAAAGUGAUGGCGAUGAUGAUGGUGGUGGUGAUUAUGUGGCUGCGGAGACUCACUGGUGUUUUUUCCCACAGCAGCCAAAGAUAUAUUUUUACAGAAGUCUUCAUCUUCCAAUGUCUGAAACAGAUUUAUGAAUCACUCAUCAUCAAAUUUAUAAAUUUAGCAGGAAUACUUGAGAAGUGAUUUUUAGCUCUAACAUACUGAAAUUCCAACUUGUUAAUUAGGAUUGAAUUGGAUUUGUUUUUUCUAGCAUCUAUGAAUGAGAAGAAUUUGAUGUCUGCCUCAACACUUUGAUUUUUCAGUUGUUUUAUUCUCAUUCUUAUCUAAUUUAUAAAGCGCUUCUUAUGCAAAGUUUGCUACUAUUCAAAGAAUCCUCAAGCAUCUUACAGAUGAAUUAGAAUUAAUAUUUCAAAAAUAGAUAAAAUAGAGUAUAAAACAACUCAAGUUCAGCAGUUCACUUAAACUUCGAUACUGGCUUAACUGACAGCAAAAUUCAAAUUUUCCUUUUCUUAUCAAAAGCAUUAGCAAAGCUUUCGAGAAUUCUAAAAAAGAACUUGAGAACAACACAAGACUUAAAAAAAAGUCAAGCCACUGUAUUUGCAUCUGCAGGAAUAAGAGUCAAUGAACCUGUUAAAGGAACUUAGAUUGACUACAGUAAUGUCAAUUAAAUAUCAAAUCCUAAAAUCAGUUGACGUACAUGGGACUUUUCUCACCUGUACCAACCAUGCAUAGAAUUGAAUACUAUAUUCUAAAGUAAGCAAAUUUAUCUCAAUAAUUCAAAAAUGCCAGUAAGUUGUUCCUAAUCAGUAGUUUUUUCACACCUCAACUUAUGCCAGGGAAUGUUUGAACUUCACCAAAACUUUUCUAAAUGCAUCUCUAGUAUAGUCCAGUCAGCCAAAAAUGGCAAAUUACUGCCCAUUUUCCACUGACCAUGACAUUCUGUUCUGCAUGAACUUACUACUUUAAUUCACUUAAUCCUUUGUUUUGUGUCCUCACAAAUGAUAGCCUCAAAGCUUAUAGCUAUAGCAAUGUAAUAUUAAACUUCAACCUAAACUGAUUUUUAAAAUAAAGUUACAGAAUCAUCUUGAGAGAGCAAAGACUCACUAAGUGGUACAGUUUGGUAUUUUAAAGGUUUUGAAAGAUUAUAAAUUUCAUAGGACUUUGACAUACAACUACUAUAUGCUACUUAUUUUUUGUUAUUUCUGAAUUACCUUAGAGAGCAUAAUCGUAUUUUAUUAAAAACAUAAAAAAAUUGGAUACAUAUUUAAAAUACACGCUAUAAUGUUUUUAUUGUUUAAUAAUUUAACAAAUAACUAACUAUAGUAAUAGUAUAACUACUUUCCCAUGGUGG